AUGGCGCUGACAAUGGUGCCCGAGACGUCGACAAAAUGGCCGCCGCUGACGUCACUCCGGAAACGGCUCCGUUUUGAAUUUGGAACGGUCGAGCGAGCAAUGGCGGAACAUCCGGCGCCCGAAGACGCUACAAUGAGCGCGGAGGCAAAACAUCGCUACACUAUGGCACAAUUUUAUUCUGAAUCUCUCGUUACACCUUCAGUCAUUAUAGGCUUUUUCUACGCGCUCCCGCCUAAGCGACCGCUGCCGCCCGCUACCUGCAGCGUUACUGGCGGAAGCGGUUGCGGUCGCAACCUGCAGUACCUCACCGUAAUGAGUACAGAU